AUGAAGUUUGCGGAGCAUCUAUCAGCUCAUAUUACUCCGGAAUGGAGAAAACAAUAUAUCAGUUAUGAGUUAGCAGAGGCAACGAGAAAAUAUGCCGCGUUACAAAACGAAUUAAAAACUGCCCUAGACUUGCAGCAUGGCAGCCAUAAAAAUAAAGGAAAGCUAGCGAGUGGCAAAUUACCAGCACGGAAAAUUCGUGAAUUAAAAUUAGGAUUUUCAGAGUAUUAUUUAUCACUGAUAUUGCUGCAGAAUUAUCAAAAUUUAAAUUACACUGGGUUCAGGAAGAUUCUCAAAAAACAUGACAAGCUUUUAUCAGUAGAUACUGGAUGCAAGUGGCGAGUAGAAUGCGUAGAGACGAGUCAUUUCUACACGUCGAAAGACAUAGACAAAUUAAUCCACGACACCGAGGCUAAUGUCACAAAUGAAUUGGAAGGUGGUGACCGUCAACGGGCUAUGAAACGCCUGAGAGUUCCUCCACUAGGUGAACAUCAGAGUCCAUGGACGACUUUUAAAACAUUUACCGUUAACCUGGGUUUGCCAAACAGCAUCUCCAACGCCCCAGAGUCCGGAGACGGUGAAGAAAACGUAGGCAUUUUCUGGGUGCGGCCUCCAGACCAGAAGGACACCUACUAG